UUUUGUUUUUGUUUUUUUAUGGUGCAGAAAGAAACUGUAAAGAACAAGGAACUACAUGACUGAAGCAGAAAAGAAAUCCAGAAAUAACCAGAUAUUCAUGGUUUAAGGUACACUCCUGCAAAGAUGCAUACUUCUGUAAAUCUGUGCCUCUGUGCUUGAUUUUUCUUAUCCCUUGUACCACAAUCCAUGCACAAGACUGAAAUGUGAGCACUGGAAUUGCUCGGCUGCAACAUCUACGGUCGCUACUGAUCUGUACUGAUACCGUGCACAUUUAUACAGAUCACCAGGAAGAUUAAUGUUAAGAUGAAUACAGACUCACGUAAUUUUCAAAAUGAAGAAUACCAGAAAUGAGGGCUUCAUAAGGAAAGGAACUGUGUUGUGUGAAGUCUGCUAGAAGCAAUCAAUUGCAAUUUUAAUAAUUAAUUAAUUACCCUGGGACUAUUUUUCUUAUGGUGAGGAUCUUGCUUAAGUAUUUCACAGAUAUUAACAAGAUAGACUGGUGGACACAACAGAAUACAGUGCUGAAUCCAUCAAAUAUGCCCUAAAAGAAGGACCUGAUACUGGAAUAAACCCAAGUAGAUUGGAAACAGCUUUGAAACCAGCACGUUCGUUAGUGAAAUGGUGCACACCUGAAUAUCGUUCCAUCCCUGAGAGCUCCAUCAUCUCCCGCUCUAUAUAAACCCUAAGCAAUGAGGGGGGUUGUGUGUUGGUGUUUUCCUCAUGUAAGUGGUACAGGUUCUUGUUGCACCAGAUCUGCUUCCUUGGUGGCUUUUUGGAGUUCUUUAUAAAGCUUCUCAGGUGUUCCACAGCUCUGGUCUGGGAAGGUAAUGUUUGUGGUCUUUAAUGUUUGUGAGUUUUGUUGUAUAUAAAAGAGCUGUGUAACUGUAAGAAUUGCUGGUUGCUGACCGUGCUCUAUAAGGAGGAAAACCAUCUUGUAAACUUUUAAAUAGUCUUAAUAUUUAAAUAUUCUAAAUAAACUUGCUUAGCAUGAAUGCUUUCUAGUGAUGCUUUAAAGUGGUUUCACUCUCCCAAACUAUAUUUUCCAGUUGUUUAGCAAUUGGGCUUAUCUAGCUUCUAUCUGUCAUAUACAGGCUUUGCAGUAUCUAUCCUUGGAACUUGGUAGUACCUUCAUGUUGUUAAAUCUCUCUAGUGUAGUGUCUCAUCUCUACUGAUGACUAUCCAACAGCUAAAGCACCUUCUGUGCUUCAAUUUAAAAUGAAAGAUGAAAUUGCUGCCACAGUCUUCUUCAUCACAAGGCUGGUGAAAAAGGAAGACAAGCUGAGCAAGCAUAAAAUGGAGAAAUUUGCAGCUAGGCUGACAACAGUACUGUUUGAGAAGUAUAAGAAUCACUGGUACUUGGACAACCCAUCCAGAGGACAAGCUUUCAGGUGUAUAAGGAUAAACAAACAUCAGAGGAGAGAUCCACUGCUGGAGCAGGCUUGUGUGGAGAGUAAAGUGGACUUCAAUAAACUCGGUUUGCCCAAAGAGAUGACGCUGUGGGUUGAUCCAUUUGAGGUGUGUUGCAGAUACGGUGAGAGGAACCGGCCCUUCACCAUUGCACACUUUGAAGGGGAGGAGAACCCAGAGCUUCCUCAGCAGAUCAGCUAUGCUGUGGACAGAGCGGCACUGGACUAUCAUUCUGGUAUUUCUUCAGAUGAGGAGGGCUUCAACAAAGAGCCGAAAGCGAUCCCUACUGUUAGUAAUCCCAACAGUAUCUACCAGUUCAGUGACUACUACAAGGCGCCCCUACAGCCCUGGUCUCAGUAUCUUCAUAGGAAGACCUACAUGACUGAUGGCUCAUACUAUGCCCAGCACAGGGGUUACAAGGUCUACAGGCCAACAGCUGCUUUCACAGGACCGUGUGUUGAUAGGUACCACUGGAUCAACACCAAGCGGUAGACCUGUGGCUGCACCUGUUACAGGCUGUUGAAACACUGAGCGAUGGGAUGGGAUGAAAGCUGGCACUACAAAGUUUCAUGAAACCAGAAGGCACUGUCUAAUCCCUACAUCUUACUCUGUGCAUCUGAAACUUUGGGGUUUUAGUCUAUGACCUUUUAAAUGUUUUAUUAAUCUUAAGAUAAGACUG